UGUCUGUGGAGCAGUCAACAUGGUACCGACACCGACAGACUUCAGCUGCCCGACCUAGGACACUACUUCUCCUCCUCACGCAGCACAUUUCUGGACUUUUCAGACACUAAUGAGAAAGCGAAAACUUUAGAGUGACGUGUGCAGAGUGUGUCAUGGUCACCAGGUUGGAUCUCUGAGAUCUGCUGCUCCGGCUUCAUCUCCUCUCCCCUCCUCGUCUGUCCACAUCAAUAUGGCCAGCGGGGAUGAGGAUGACCCCAUUAUAGAGGAGAUCGAUGUGUAUCUUGCCAAAAGCCUUGCAGAUAAGCUGUAUCUUUUCCAGUACCCUGUCCGACCAUCCACUAUGACCUAUGAUGAUGUCAACCACUUGACAGCUAGGAUCAAACCCAAGCAGCAAAAGGUGGAGUUGGAAAUGGCCAUCGACUCAUUGAGUCCAAACUACUGUCGCAGUAAAGGGGAGCAGAUCGCCCUGAAUGUGGACGGCACGGUUUAUGACGAAACCAACACCUAUUCAGCGAAAGUGAUGGAUAAGCAGUCCUUCACCUCCAUCCAGGCCACCACCAACACCUCCAGAUAUGCUGCUGCUGUGUUUCGUAAAGGUGAGCUUCACGUCACACCUCUGACGGGAAUCCUCCAGAUGAGACCGAGCUUCUCUUACCUGGACAAGGCUGACACCAAAACCAGAGAGAGGGAGGCGGCCAAUGAAGGUGGAGAUUCCUCCCAGGAUGAGGCUGAGGAGGACGUCAAGGCCAUCACGGUGAGGUUUUCUCGACCCGAGUCGGAGCAGGCGCGGCAGAGGAGGUUCCAGUCGUACGAUUUCCUCCAGAAGAAGCAGGCGGAGGAGCCCUGGGUUCACCUGCACUACCACGGUGUCAAGGAUGGGCGCUCGGAGCAUGAAAGGCAGUACCUGUUCUGUCAGUCCGGCGACACCUCCGAGAACUCUGAGCUGGUCAAAACUCCUAAGGAGUACCUGGCAAUGCUGAUGCCCCCUAUUGAAGAGGAAAAAUUUGUAAAACCAGUUGGUCCCAGUAAUGUGCUCUCCAUGGCUCAACUCCGCACUCUGCCACUGGGAGAGCAAGUCAAGACCCUGAUGAAGAACGUCAAGGUGAUGCCGUUCGCUAACCUGAUGGGCCUGCUCGCCUCUGGCACUGACUCCACUGCAGCGCUGCGCUGCAUCCAACAGGUGUCGCUGUUGGUUCAGGGCAACUGGGUUGUCAAGAGCGAUGUUCUGUAUCCCAAAAACACCUGCAGUCCUCACAGUGGCGUCCCUGCUGAAGUGCUCUGCCGUGGCCGAGACUUUGUGAUGUGGAGGUUCACUAUGGAGCGAUCUGUGAUGAGGAAGGAGAUUGCAGCCAUCAUCAAACUUCCUCCAGAAGAUGUGAAGGAGUUCCUCGAGCAUGUGGCCGUUCCUCGAGUCAACCGGGGCUGGGAGUUCCUGCUGACUACUGAUGCAGAAUUCAUUAAGAAACACCCCGACAUUGCUCACAGGCAACACAUGCUGUGGCUCGGCAUCCAGAGCAAGUUGGAAAAGGUCUUUAACUUCUCCAAAGAAGACUUCAAGUCAAAGAAUCCCCCGUCGCCUGAGCCUGUACACGUCAGCGGGGAGGAGCGUCUGAAGGUGGCUCACGAGCGCGCUCACGGAAAUAAGUCGUCCCUACAGAAGGACCUGGACGGCAGGCGGGCAGGAAGCAGCGUCCAGGUCAAACAGGAACCCGUCAGCGACAGAGAAGACGAACCGAUGGACACCGCCUCCUCCUCCUCCAUCCCCAACGGUUCUGUCAAUGGGCACCCCGGUGCCACCUCCCCCGCCUUCGAUCACACCAACGGUACCGCCGGGGACGCGUCGUCCCAGGAGCUGCAGGACUUUGUGAUAAAGACUUUCAAGAAGCAUUUUGUACUGACGCUGAACGAGUUCAAGAGGCUGUUGAGCCUCCACCUGGCCUCCAUGCCGGUGGGCCGGAGCGUCUUCCCCUCCAUCUCGGACCACAUGCUACAGGACGCGAUACUGCUCUGCCAGUGCAAACAGAUACUGGUGCCUUUUCCUGCUCAGUCCACAGCAGCCCCCGAUGAGCAGAAGGUGUUUGGUUUGUGGGAGACUGGACAGGAAUUCGACAAGCAUCGUCGGCUGCUGUAUGACCUUUUCAGCAAGAACUACCGCAUCAGGAGGAACGCGGUCCAUGCCAAACUGUCUCAGGAGUUCGGAGACACCCCGAAGGCGGACGUUGACCGGCUGCUCCAUGAGUGCUGCAUCAGCCACGCGGGGAUGUGGUACCUGAAGGGAACGAUCCAGUCCUGACGCUGAGAGCAUGCCCGCCCUCCCCUCAUCGACAGCCAAUCAAAUCCUCUCUCGGGUGUCUAGUGGGAGGGCAUCCAUAGAGAUGAGAGCCAAUCACAAUCACAGCUCGCCCAGCUCUGAGGGGCGGGGCGAUUGGAGGACAAAAGAUGUCAGCCGCCUGCUCGGAACAUGAAGCUUUUUCUCGGUUCAGCUGAAGCAUAUCUGACAUUAACACGAGCACUCUGAUGUAGCGCGGAGGAUAGAAACUCCUCGCAUCCUCUCAAUAAGAGUGUCUGAUGGGUAAAUUAUGAACAUAAAAAAAUGAAGAUAUAGCAAGAUAUAUAAAUAAACGGUUUAUAAGUAGAGUUUGGGAUUUCUUUUCUUUCUUUUGGACCUCACGUUUGAAUAUUUUGUAAAUAAACGUUUUCCAGAUAAGGAUGGAGUUCACCAUCUAAUGCAACGUGGCUGAAAAUCCUUUAAUUUUACUCCUCAAUUUAUACAUUUUGCCAGAGGAAGCGGGUGUUUUACUUUAUAGUAUCAACAACAAAGCAAACCUUGUUUAUACGCCCUGAAUGGUCCUUUCCUCCAUCUUUGAGCCGACUUGUUUAGAGUAUUAACUCCACGCUCAAUACGCAAUUGAAAGAGUUGAGCUUUACGAUUGAAUGUGACGGUUGCUUUAUUAAAACGCAUGGAGGCGCUUGGGGAAACGUUGCCAAAUUCAUGAGUCGGCAAAACUGAAACGUAAAGAGGGGGAGAGAUAUGCAAAAAGUCCCCUGAUGUCAUUUUGCUCACAUGGUACACCUGAAGCCUCUGGAUAUGUGUGCACCUGGAGACAUGGUCCUCAAACUAGAGGGAGGAGUGGAUUAAAUGGCUGAUGUUGUUUUCUGUACAGAGUUUGAAAUGGUUUUCUUUUGAGAGAGACUGAUUUUGAUGACUGACAAUAAAGAUGCAAUGUUGAAUA